UGAUGCCGAUGACUUGGUGUUGAUGUUUGUGUGUAAGAUGAUGACGAUGCCUUGGUGUUGAUGUUUGUCUGUAAGUUGAUGACGAUGCCAUGGUGUUGAUGUUUGUCUGUAAGAUGAUGACGAUGCCAUGGUGUUGACGUUUGUCUGUAAGAGGAUGAUAAUGCCCUGGUGUUGAUGUUUGUCUGUAAGCUGAUGACGAUUUCCUGGUGUUGAUUUUUGUCUGUAAGUUGAUGAUUGCUUUCGACUAUUCGAAACCAAAAUUUGCGAGUAUUAUCAAAUCUACAACGUAAAUGCUGUCAGUAGUGGACCUAAGAUCGAUCCUUGGAGAAUACGCUUUCGAGAGCCCAUGCCAUGUUAAAUCAGUCUAUUGUCGUAAUAGCUUGAGUUCCUGUAGGCAAAGUUUUUUGAAAGUAUGUAAUUCGCCUAAGUUUUUUUCUUUGUUACAUUUCUUUCUUUUUCUUUUUAGUCUGUAAAUCUGUAUUUUAAUCCGUCUAAUUUAAAAUAAACCAACUUGUUUCUCCUACCGAAUUAACAAUAUUUUUUCCGCUCUUAUACGGUAUAGACCUGUCUUGUCUUGUCAUUCACUUCACUAAGAUUACAAUAGUCUAUUUCCGCAUGCAUUGAGCGGCUAGCAGCAGAAAGCUGAAGGACUGCCCUGAGUUUUUUGACAAUCGUUCUAGAGCAAAGCAAACCUCAUUUAGAGCUGAAUUAACAGCAUUUAAAAGUGUAAUUCAAUAUCGUAGAAUUCUAGAAUUUCAUUGAAGCCAUGGAACAGACACAAUGCGUUACCAAAGUAGAACUCCACAUCUCUUGUCGAGGUCUGAUAGAUAAAGAUGUUCUGAGCAAAUCUGAUCCUAUAGCGGUGUUGCUAAUGCAAGAUAAAGAUGGUCGAUGGUUUGAGUAUGCAAGAACAGAGCACGUGAAAAACAACUUAAACCCUGACUUCUCCAAAUCCAUUUCGUUGGACUACUAUUUUGAAAUGGUCCAAAAACUCAAAUUUACUGUGUACGAUGUGGACAAUGAAUCAACAGAUCUGGAUGAUGAUGAUUUUCUUGGUGGAAUGGAAUGUACUCUUGGUCAGGUCGUUUCCAAGAAGACAUUUACCAAAGAACUGGAAAUCAAGGAGAAAAAAGCUGGAACAAUAACAGUAUUUGCUGAAGAAGUCUCAGGAACAAGCGAUCGCGUUAAAAUAGCCUUCACUGCCAAAAACCUUGACAAUAAGGAUUUUCUGAGCAAGUCGGAUCCUUUUUUGGAGAUCUCGAGAAUGAAAAGUGAUGGUGGUUUUGUAUUGGUUCAUAGAACUGAGGUCAUUGAUAACAACUUGAAUCCAAUCUGGAAACCUUUUGAGAUGACCGUAAAUUCUCUUUGUGGUGGGGACUACGAUGCGAAACUCAAGAUCGAUGUGUAUGACUACGACGAAGGUGAUACCAAUGACUUUAUUGGAUCUACUGAAACCACCUUGAAGGGUCUGCUUGAUGCGCAUCCUGAAGGAAAAUCGUUUGAAUUAAUCAAUCCUAAGAAAAAACAGAAGAAGAAGAAUUACGUCAACUCUGGUCAACUUCUUGUCAAUAAUUGUGAGAUCGUUCGCAUUUAUUCAUUCUUAGAAUAUGUUAUGGGAGGAUGCCAGUUAAACUUCAGUGUUGGUGUGGACUUCACCUUAUCUAAUGGUGAUCCAACUGAACCGCAUUCACUCCAUUAUAUGAAGCAAAACAAACCUAAUGAGUAUAUUAAAGCAUUAACGUCUGUCGGGGAAAUCUGCCAAGACUAUGACACAGAUAAGCUUUUCCCGGCUUUUGGAUUCGGUGCUGAUAUUCCGCCAAAGUUUCAGACCUCCCAUGCAUUUCCUUUGAACUUCAACCCUGCGAACCCGCAAUGUGAAGGUAUCAUUGGUGUAGUUGCAGCAUAUAAAGCUUGUUUGGCGCAAAUAGAACUUUCAGCUCCCACCAAUACAGCGCCUAUCAUACAGCAAGUAGCGGAACUCGCUUCGGAAGCCUCUCGACAAACAACUGCCUCGCAAUACUUUGUUCUGUUGAUACUGACUGAUGGUGUUCUGUCAGACAUGGCGGAAACAAAAUAUGCCCUUGUCUGCGCAUCAUACCUGCCGAUGUCGGUGAUUAUUGUCGGAGUUGGAUCGGCUAACUUUUCUAAGAUGGAAGAAUUGGAUGCUGAUGACGGCUUAUUGAGUGUACAUGGAAAAGUAGCUGAUAGAGACAUUGUGCAAUUCGUCCCCUUCAGAGAUUUUGAAAAGAAAUCACCAGCUUUACUCGCCCARCACGUCCUAGCAGAGGUGCCGAAGCAGGUCCAGGAAUACUUCAAUAAGAGAAAGAUCCCACCACUAAACCCAAAAGGUCCAAGUCCACCAUCACUGGACGCUCUCUAGAAAGUCUAUCUUCAAUUUUCAUAAAUACGACAAGACAAAUAAGAAAUAGGAAUUAAACGAAUAGAAGAUAGAAGAUAACGAAUGAGAAAUAAAAAAUAUAAGGAUAAGAAUUUAAAAUUGAAAUUAAAAAAAAAGAUAAAAGAAACGAAAUAAGAAAUACGAAAGGACAAAUAAGAAGUACCAUAAGAAAUACAAAGGAGUAAGAACUAAAAGUAACAAAAAAAAAACAACUGAGGUAUAGGAAAUUAGAGAUAACAAGAGAAACACGAAAUUAGGAAUUAAAACUUAAAAACGAAAAGAAAAAACAAUUAAUA